AUGGUGUUCAUAACAAGCACGUGUUUGAAUCUGGAGAGUUCUGACUUCCGUUGUGCCGAUCUCGAUCAGUACCACUUUUGUUCUGAUGUGAACUCGGCUUUGCACUCUAUCGCCAAGGAGAAGUGUCCUUUUCACUGCGGCUUCUGUGGUCAUACUACUCCUCAUACAACAGCAACCCCGUGUUUGAAUCUGGAGAGUUCUAACUUCCGGUGUGCCGAUCUCGAUCAGUUCAACUUUUGUUCUGAGGUGAACUCCGGUUUGCACUCUAUCGCCAAGGAAAGGUGUCCACUCCUCUGCGGCUUCUGUGCAACUACGACGCUGGGAAACGUUGACGAGACCGUCUACAUGGGACCGCUUUUGCCCUUCGUGUGUACAGCACUGGCUAAGGAGUUUGUGUAG